GUACACAGCUUUAAGAUACUAAAGAUAUUUCAGCUAAUUCAUUUUCAUAUUCCACCUUAUAAAAACCUACCUGAGAUAUUCACAAUGCUGUAUCUCUUUCUCUUCCACAGUCUAGAACACUAAUCCUUCACUUACAAGAGAAUGGCCAAAAACUAUGAAGCACCUGCUAUCGGAAUCGACCUUGGCACCACCUAUUCUUGUGUAGCAGUGUGGCAGGAUAAUAACAACCGAGCUGAGAUUAUCCACAAUGAUCAAGGCAAUAGAACCACACCUUCUUUUGUCGCUUUCAAUGAUUCGCAAAGGUUGAUUGGCAAUGCCGCCAAAAAUCAGGCUGCAUAUAACCCAACCAAUACUGUCUUUGAUGCAAAGAGGUUAAUUGGAAGGAAAUAUAGUGAUUCUAUUAUUCAGAAAGAUAUAAAGUUGUGGCCCUUUAAGGUCAUUGCUGGUGCUGAUGACACUCCCAUGAUCGUUGUUAAGUACAAGGGUAAAGAGAAGUGCUUUGUUGCCGAAGAAAUAUCAUCUAUGAUCCUCUCAAAGAUGCAGGAGAUUGCAGAGAAAUUUUUGGAAUUUCCUGUAAAGAAUGCAGUGAUUACUGUGCCUGCUUAUUUUAAUGAUUCUCAGAGAAAGGCCACCAAGGAUGCUGGUCUUAUUGCUGGCCUCAAUGUAAUGCGGAUAAUCAACGAACCAACUGCUGCUGCACUUGCAUAUGGCAUUCAAAAGAGAGGUAAUUUUGUUGGAAAGCAAAAUGUAUUAGUCUUUGAUCUUGGUGGUGGCACUUUUGAUGUGUCUCUUCUAACAAUUAAGGAUAAUAGAUUUGAGGUAGAGGCCACUGCUGGGGAUACUCACCUAGGAGGAGUGGACUUUGAUAAUAGAAUGGUGAACCACUUUGUUGAAGAGUUAAAGAGGAAAAACAAUGUGGACAUUAGUGGGAAUCCAAAAGCUUUAAGGAAGCUAAGAGCUGCUUGUGAGAGAGCAAAGAGGGCACUUUCAUUUGACAUUGAGACUACAGUUGACAUAGAAUGUGAGGGUAUUGACUUCUGUUCAUUAGUAACUCGAGCCAAGUUUGAGCAAAUCAACAUGGAUCUCUUUGACAAAUGUAUGCAGAUUGUCGGGAGUUGUCUACGUGAUGCUAACAUGGUCAAGAGUAGUGUAGAUGAUAUUGCUCUUGUCGGGGGUUCUUCUAGAAUUCCCAAAGUGCAACAGCUAUUGCAAGAGUUUUUCAAGGGAAAGGAUUUGUGCAUGAGCAUGAAUCCAGACGAGGUUGUUGCUUAUGGUGCAGCUGUGCAGGCUGCUUUGCUGACUGAAGGCAUCAAGAGUGUUCCAAAUUUGCUUUUGCAAGAUAUUACACCAUUGUCUCUUGGUAUCUCGACAAAAGGAGAUAUCAUGAGCGUGGUGAUUCCUAAGAACACUCCUAUCCCUGUCAUCUUGACAGAAGAAAGAUGUAAGACAAGUGUAGAUAACCAAUUUGGCGUCUCAAUUAAGUUUAUGAGGGAGAGAAUGAAAGCCAGUGAGAACAACUUGCUCGGUUUGUUUAGUCUCUCAGUUCCUCGUGCUCCUCGAGGCCUUUGUAUCAAAGUAAGAUUUGCUAUAGAUGUAGAUGGUAUAUUAACUGUCACUGCCAAGGAAGAAACCACUGAAGCUAAGGAGAUUACAAUAACAAAUGUUAAUGGAAGAUUGUCAAAGGAAGAAAUUGAGAGAAUGAUCCAAGAAGCUGAGGAUUUUAAGGUUGAAGAUAUGAAGUUCCAAGAGAAAGCUAGAGCAAUGAAUGCUCUGGACAAUUAUCUUUACAAGAUGAGUAAAGUUAUGAAAGAUGAUAGUGUUAGUUCCAUGCUGACUCCAGCAGACAACUUGAAGAUUAAUUCUGCAAUUAUGAACGGAAAAAGUUUGAUUGAUAAUCAUUGCAACAAACACCAGGAAACAUGUGUGUUUGUGGACUUUAUGAAGGAGCUCCAAAUCAUCUUUGAAUCCAUGUUGAACAAGAUCAACAAAGGUUUCUUAUUCUUAUGAGGAAAAUAAUUUGGAAUGUUUUAGUUUUUUUUAUGUGUUUGUUAAUUUCAGUUUACUCAUGAAUAAUGAUAAGAUCAUAUAUGAAUAUUGGUCAUACCAUAACACAUAAUUUGGUGC